AUGCAACCAUAUCCACAGAAACCGACUCAAGAUUCACAAGUGUCAACAAUUCCUCCACAGGAGUCCACUCCUCCCGUGGAUGAUUCUUCAGUAAACACUUCUGGAGAUGAUCUGAAAAGUCUUCCUAUAAGAGCGUACUUAGAUAAGACGGUCGUUCCAAUUCUGCUAUUAGGUCUUGCUGAAACUGCAAAAGAAAGACCAAGCAACCCUAUUGAAUUUCUAGCAAAUUUCCUGUUGCAGAACAAUCCCCAAGUCAAGAAGGAGUAAUAUGUGUCUGCUUUGAUUCUA